GGGGGCGGGGCCGGAGCCGGGCCAGGCAGGAGGAGGAUGGCCGAGGGGGGGGCAGGAGGAGGAGAGGGAGGAGGAGGGGAAGGCAAGGCAGGCGAGGCGAGGCGAGGAGGAAGCCGGGCAGGCGGGCGGCCGGAGCCGAGGAGGAGCGCAGGCUGAUCGGCUCCCACGUGUGAGCAGGGCUCCUCCGGCGGCUGCCUCCCCCCCCGCCCCCACCCCGGGCAGCAAGAAGACUCACCGAGAGGAGGAGGAAGAGGAAGAAGAGGAGGAGGAGGAGGAGGAGGAGGAGGGCAAGCAGGCGGCAGCAGCAGCAGCCGCCGCCGCGGGGCCCGGGCGGCGAGCGGGAGGCUGUGCCGUGCCGGGGCCGGGCGCCCCCCCCUCCUGCCCCCCCCCCCCGCCGCCGAGCCAUGGAGGCGGACGGGAGCCAGGCGAUCUCCGGCAGCCCCGCCGACUCGCAGCACGACCCCGGCAAAAUGUUCAUCGGCGGCCUGAGCUGGCAGACCUCGCCAGAUAACCUCAGAGAUUAUUUUAGCAAAUUUGGGGACAUCCGAGAAUGUAUGGUGAUGCGAGACCCCACCACGAAACGUUCCAGGGGUUUUGGUUUCGUUACGUUUGCUGACCCGGCCAGUGUAGAUAAAGUCUUGGCACAACCCCAUCAUGAACUAGAUUCCAAGACGAUUGACCCUAAAGUUGCAUUUCCCCGACGAGCUCAGCCUAAGAUGGUCACGAGAACAAAGAAAAUAUUUGUCGGUGGAUUAUCGGCGAACACGGUGGUGGAAGACGUCAAGCAAUAUUUCGAACAAUUCGGCAAGGUAGAAGACGCCAUGCUUAUGUUUGACAAGACCACCAACAGACAUAGAGGGUUUGGCUUUGUAACUUUUGAGAACGAGGACGUGGUGGAAAAAGUCUGCGAAAUCCAUUUUCAUGAAAUCAAUAAUAAAAUGGUGGAGUGUAAGAAAGCACAGCCGAAAGAAGUGAUGUUCCCGCCAGGGACGAGAGGAAGGGCUCGCGGAUUGCCGUAUACCAUGGACGCUUUUAUGCUAGGCAUGGGGAUGUUGGGUUACCCAAAUUUCGUGGCCACCUACGGCAGAGGAUAUCCCGGAUUUGCUCCUGGCUACAGUUAUCAGUUUCCAGUGAUUACUGUAGGAUCUUCAAUCAAACCAAGUUACCCAGCCCUAUUACCAUAUUUAAAUGCAAGUUUCCCAGCAGCAGCCUACGGACCAGUAGCGGCGGCGGCAGUGGCGGCAGCAAGAGGAUCAGGGAUCUCCGAGUACCGUUUCUAUUCUUCGCCCGGUGACCAACGGGCUUCGUUACCGUACGCAGACUAUGGUUCCAUGGGGCUACGUAACGAGCACCCUGCUUCAGCGAGUAACUCCCCCCUCCACCACCUUCCCAGCCCGGAUCAGUUUAAAAGCCCAGUCUUGAAUAGCUACGGUGCUCAACCGAAUUUUGGUGCGCCUGCUUCUCCGGCAGGCUCCAACCCGGCCCGGCCUGGCGGAUUUCCAGGGGCGAACAGCCCGGGACCCGUUCCGGACCUCUACGGCACGGCCAGUCAAGACUCCGGCGUGGGGAACUACAUAAGCGCCGCCAGCCCCCAGCCCGGGUCCGGCUUCGGGCACGGGAUCGCUGGGCCUUUGAUUGCAACGGCUUUUACCAAUGGAUACCAUUGAAACGUGUAACAGUGGUUGGCCAUCUCACUUGGAGAGUAUAUCUGGAUGUCCAAGCAAGACAGGGCGAAGUUUCUGAACGGUCCAACGUUUAGGUGAUACACCCUUCGCCAGACUUUGAGCAUUACUCCAUCUUCACCAGUAACUCGCGCAAACUGGGAGGUGGCUCUCGGCAGAAGUGGGUUGUCCAAAAUCUCUUAUCAUCUCAUGAUCCUGCUGUACUAUAUAGAACAACAGCUUUUUAAAGAAAAGAAAAAAAAUGUGUAUAUAUAAUCCAUUUUGUUCAUUUUAUUAUUUUUCUUGUUUCUCCUCCUCCUCCUCCCUCCUUUUGAAAUCUACUUUAAUCUUUUCUUUUCUUUUGCGGCGGGGGGGUUUUUAAUAUUUUGACAUAGGCUUUUAGGUCUAGGGCUAACCAUAGUGUAGCUGUUUAUAUAUUCCUUUGCUUUGCUUUUUUAAUUUCUCCCUCCCCACUUCUCCUUUUGUCUUUUUAAUGUAAUGAUGUUGCUUAAAAGAAACUGAAAUGGUAACAUGAUUCUCAGUGGACUGCUACCAGUUCUGAAGCUGGGGGGAAAAAAUUGAACAACCUUUUCAGGUGGAUUUUAGCACACACUGAAUUUAGAUGUAGAGCAAGUUAAGGGCAAGUGAGUGAAAAUAUUCUAUUUUAUGCUGUAUAGGGGACGGGAAGUUGGCUCCAGGGCAGUUCUUUUUCUUAGUUAACCUAAUUCUAUCUAUUUUUGGCAAUAAGGUAAGGACGACAAAAAAUUUUGUGUCCUUUUUCUAUAAGUGCAUUUUUGUUGUUGUUAAAAAAAAAAAAAGAGGCGAUAUAAGGUUUUUUGAACUCGUGAAUUCUGAAGAAGAAAUACUGUAAAUACAACUCCAUUAACUGACAUAUAAACUAUUUAAAAAAAGAGAAAUGCAUAAUAUUUUUGUGAUGGAGUCGGGCGAAGGCAGUUUCUGUACCGAACGGAAGAGGAAGGUAGGGACGCGGGGCGCGGAAUCCACCGGAAUCUUCUCGCCCGCAGGUCCUUUGACACGCACAGGGGAUGCACAAGAUCAGCCGUGUGCGCCCGAGCUGCGCAUGCGCCCGGGCGGAGAUCCCAAUGGACGGCACCCUCGUGUUUUUAAACUCCGAAACCAACUGCCAGAGCCGGCCCAUAGCAGUUAGAUCAACACUGUUUUUUCGCUUGCUCUGUAGGUGUUAGACCUGAUAACUGUACUAGCGUCUUAACCAGCAUCUUAACUAGACACCCUGUGCACAUCUUUACAAUCUUAACGGUCUAGUUACAUUUUUUAAUUUAAAAACAAAAACAAAAAAUCGCUUUUCUCAAGACUGGAAAAAUAAAAGCUACAAUUUUAAUAUUUAAAAAGGUAUUUAAAUGUUUCAAGCACACAUUUUUUAGCCAUUAUUUAGAUCACCUGAUAGUCCACCCAUUUCAGCCGCCCCGUGUCUCUUCCGGUGCUCUGCCCAGGCCGAAUUGUGUCUUGGGAGCGCCACAUCUGGAGAAAGCGCGAGGGCGACCGAUGAUCAAGCUUGCAUCCUCUACCUUGUAACUCUUCUUUCCUAUUUUAUUCAAUUAGGAAAAGCAAGGUUUUUUAAAUUAAAAAAAAAAAGUCUUUUUGUUCUGAAUACCUCAGUGCUACACCCUAGACGCAAGAGAAGAUGUUAAUUUAUUGUCGACGAAAAGCAGAAUGAAAAAAAAAAUGUAUAAAAACAUCAUUGCACUAUGACUGGUAGGGAAAACUGACAAUUUCCAAUUUGCACAUGUUUUAAUGUUUGGCUGUUAUAUAUAUAUGGUCCUCUGCUGGGGAGGAGACCUUAUGAAGGAUAUUUUUUAAUUUAAUUUUUUUAAUAUGGGUCAAUAGGCCGGCAACAGCAAACUCGAAGUACAAUACAGUAGGUGAUAUUACAAGCAUAACUAUAGUGUGGAUAUAUUCUUUUUUUUUUUGAACAUUAAUAUUGACAAGUUUUAUUAAUAUUUUUUUAAAUUGUUACGUUUAUAAAUUGGGUACUCUAGGUACAGCCAGAUUAAGACACUGAAUGCUACAUUUGUUAAACGAAAAGAAUUAAGCUGCUGCAAUCCUAUUUUUGUAAGUUUUACUAACCAGUAGGCUAACGUAGACAUUCAGUAGGCAAGUUAGAGCAAAGCAUCUUUUAAACACUCACCGAGGCACCAUAACGCUAACCAAAAGGAACGGCGCGGCGGGGGGGUGGCGGGGGGAGAAUCCCUGUCAUUUCCACCCCACCCCCUUUGUUUUUAAAGGCUUGGAUCCAAAGAACCAUGAGCGGAAGGAGAAAGCGUUAUCUGCAAAGUUCCAUGAACUUGUGCGCUUCAGCAGCUCAGCGCCUGGGAGAGAUUAAGGCCAUCCGAACAGCCCUGCUGGAUCAGGCCCAAGGUGGCCUCUCGGGUCCAGCACCUGUUCCACGCAGAGGCCCACCAGACGCCUCUGGGAAGCCCGCAGGGAAUGCCCUCUCUCCCUCGGUUGCUCCCCUGCAGCUGGGAUUGAGAGGCAUCUUGCCUCUCUGAGGCUGGAGGUGGCCGUAGCCCUCAGACCACUAGCCACCUGUCCUCCGGGGGGCUACUAAACCCCUCUUAAAGCCAUCCAGGCUGUCGACUGUCAUCACAACUUGUGGCAGAGAGUUCCACAGGCCUCUUUUUCAUACGCGGUGUGAAAAAGUACUUCCUUGGGUUGGCCCUAAAUCUGAUCCUGAUGGAGCUAUCCAGCUGUCCAGGAAAGUAGCCUUGGAUAGUCCAGGCCUCCAGGAAUCUCCUCUCAAACCCGUCUAGACUGGUGGCCUCCGAUUUCUGGCAAAUGCAGUGGCUAGAGUGCUUUUGAGGGCCACGCUACCAGUAAGGAAAGUCCGGCAUCUGCAGCGUCUGGAUGUUAGUUGGCCGUUAAGAGAUCUUGAGAGGGAGCUUGUUGCAUGAAGCUUACCCAGAAGGAGGCUUGCCCUCUGGAUUUGGGGCUCACUUUUCUCAUGCAACCCGCUUCCAUGAAGUCAGAACAAGCCCUUCUGCAUGCAGGAGGACACCUUUGGAUCCAACCCAAAGUAAACACAACACACACACACACACACACACACACACACACACAAAGUUUUUAAAAGAACAUCGUGGUCUUUCCCCCACCACCACCACCACCACCACACCUCCUUUUCGGUUGUUGUGUUUAGGUUUGUAUUUCCUUAUUUCAAUACAACCAGGUUUAAAAGCCAGAAUGCUGGACGCUUUUUUAAAAAUAUCGAGACUUGAUCAAGUAGUACACUAAAAAAAAAAAAAAAAAAUUAAUGAUGAUGAUAAUAACAAUAAUAAUAAUAAUGGUAAUGAUAAUAAUAAAACCGUUCUUUACAAGUAAUUUCAUCACCAACCAAGUUCCCUGAGAGUCAGUGUGUAAAAAGAACAAACAAAAUAAAGUCAGGGAAUUUUUCUGUGUCUUACUCUUUAAUCGAUAUAGACCACAUCAGAGCACGACCCAGCGGGAGCUUGUCCCAUGGGAGCCCUUUCGGACAAUGGGGGGGGGGCUCUCCAAUUGUGCCCGCCCCCCACCUCGGCGCGGGUACUGGAACCCUAACCCUAACCGGCUCCCGUCGGAGAAGCCCGUGGCGUUUGUGCCCUGGUUUUCUGUACGCAGUCACGUUUCCCUGCUCCUCAUUCAUUCCCCGUCGCCUCAUAGAUUAUUUGUUGAUCAUUGCUGUAUGUUAAUAAUGUAUAAAAAUGACUAUCUUGUAAGAGUGCGGUUCUUAGGCUAGUGUAGUGACACCCCCUUCUCCCCCCAACCAACUCUUUUCUUUUCUUUCUUCCUAGUAUAUUGGUAGUUGUAUUGUAAUUAAGAUUAAAUACAUAGAUGUAGUUCACUCAGAUUUAGGACCAGUAAGGAUAGGACUUUCUCUUACUUAAGACAAAAAAGAAAUGCUAAUAAUUUGGGGCAGGUGUUGUUUUUCCUUAUUAUUUAAUUAAAACGUUUUUUCCUUCCCCCACCCCUUUCUGUUAAUCUCAUGUGGUUUUCAACUAACCAAAGGUCUCACAAUGUUAAAAAGAAGACGAAGAGAAAACCAGAAAAUGCUGGUGAGGUUCCGGCAGCAUUUUGAAGAUCUCCACCCGUCAAUUUUUUAUAAAAGAGGGGUGCGCCAUACUACCUUAAAUGCUAACGCUAGAUAUGCAAAACUGGAUUUUUUUAAUUUAUUUUUUAAAAUAAGAAGAAAAAAAAGAGGGAGGCAUGGUGUAAUAAAAGGAUUUUACUAAGAGAAAUAAUAAUAAUAAUAAUAUUUUUUUACAAAAAGAGUGCUCAGAAGAAAAAAAAAUCUGUGUGAAUAUGUUUUAGAUGUUUCUAUACCUUUGGAAACACCCCCAUAGCACAACUGUUGUGGAUCCUGCUCUAUUUUUAAAGUGGCUUCCUCUAGACUAAGGUUGAUUUUUAGUUCCCUCACUCAUCUAGAUAAGUCCAUCUUAAAGGAUUUGGGGUCUGUUUGUAUAUAUAUAAAAUAUGUAUUUUAUAUAUAUAGAUUUUCAGGACAUCAGGUUCAGCUGCAUCUUUAUUUUAGCCAAGCAGAUACCCACAGAUCCAGAAUCUUUCCCUUGCAGACCCUGUGUUGGUGCAGGGGGAAAAACCGAAAAUAUUCUCAGUGGCUGCUGCAAAAAGGGAGGAAAAGCACCAUUCAAGGGAGAGGACAGGGGUUCGUGUCUAACCAUGGGGGUACUUUGCACACCUCCCUGGAGAGCAUUGGGAAAUGCUUGUUUUGUGCCUCAAGAUAAAUGGCUUAUUUGAAUUUUUUAAAAAACUAGCCAUGAAAUCCGGACACGGUGACACUCAGUAGGAGCGUCCGUGUCCGUUUCAAGGGUGCUGAGAUUUCAAACUGGUCUAAAGGUUUGGAAAGAACUUGACACAAAAAUCUGAGUUCUCUCUCUCUCUCUUUCUCUCCCUGCUUUCUUUUUGCUACUGACUUGAACCAGUGGUUUCCCCCGCCACUAGACGGCGGCGUUUUUUAAAUCCAUUUUGCUCAUUUCUCCGCCUAGCAAAAGGAGGGGUGGGAGAUGCAAACGCCAUUCAGAAAUCUCAAACUGAAACAGACACCAUUUUAAAGUGAAGAGCAGCUGUCCCUUUUGUUUCCUCUUCUGCAUAACGUACAUUUUUAAUUUGAACUGUAGCUUGGACUUUAAGGUAGCAUGGCUCUGUUACUGUCAUUUUGAUUUUACCUCCUUGUACAGCAGUAUAAUACACACACACACACACCCCAAUGAAUGUCACACACACAUCUUCCUAGGUUGGAUCAUUGGGUAAUAUUGGUCACAAGUAAUAACGACCUGAAAGGUGUAACAGACUUUUUAUUUCCCUCUUUCCCUCUCUUUAACCCUCUUUAAUCCCAAGUGUGAAUGACAGCUUGAGAGACAGCAAGCCAACCACUUUCAUCCCGUUCCAUCUGCCAUCAAAUCCAAUGCAAUGUAAAAGACUAAAGCAAUAUAAUUUACUACCGUUUUUUUCCUUGAAGGUCAGCCAUGGUUGUGUAAUAUAUCUUGCAUAAAUGAAAUUGUUUACAAGAAAGAAAGAAAAGAAGACACUACUUAUUUUUUACUCUUGGGUGUAUUUGUUUUGAGAAGGUUUCCUUUCUUUUUGCUUGUUUUGGUUUGGUUUGGUUUUUUUUUCUUUUUCUUUUCCUUUUUCUUUUCCUGAAGGAAAAAAAAAAAAGGUUGGAAAAGCAAACUGAAACUGGUCUGAUGACGUUUUGCGUGACGGGGGCCUUAGACACACAGGCAGACACCAAAAAUCUGCCUCAAUACACUGUAGAGUUUCAUAAGUAAGUGUGCAGAAUCUUGAUUCUAAUCCACCUCUCUCUCUCUCUCUCUCUCUCUCUCUCUCUCUCUCUCUCUCUCUUUCUCUCUCUCUCUCUGUGCAAGCACUACAUGAGAUUCUGCAAGCUAAGCAAUACUUUAAUACUGUAAUAAAAGAAAAGUUACCAAAAAAACAAAAAAAAGGAGUUCAAAAUCAAAGCGAUCUGUUCACCGGUAACCAAACAAUCAGAAUGUAUUGUCUUGACAAAAUGUUUUGUUUCAGACAAAAAGGAAAACAAAAACACAGACGUCACCCCAUGCGAAUAGAAUUUGUCUCUCUGUACAUAACACCAGACGCCACCCUGUGAGUGGGCCGUGUCCUUUCUAAUCCUAGUGACCUAGUAACGGCUCUCAUUGUAGGUGUGGUACCCAUUUUUGGAACCCCAAUCCUGACCCAAUGCAAAGGUUCUCAGCGUUUCAGGUGGUUCUCGAUGUACUUAAUCAAUAAAGACGCAGUGGCCAGACCUAACCCCACCCUUCUCCCCCUCCCCUUUUAUAUUUUAGUAUGAACUGAUGCGAACUUUGGUAGUGACUUUUUAUAUACAUAUAUAAAUAUAUAUAUACAUACAUAUAUAUAUAUACGUGUAUCUAUAUAUAUCAAGCAUCUUUCACGUCUCUGUGUACGGCUUUCUGAAGCCCUGUUGUAAAAAAUAUGUAGAUGGGGGUCUCUCACAUCGCAGAUGUGGAAAGUAUAAUUUUAUAUUUGUAUUUUCAAAUAAAUAAGUUUGUGAAAGGUU